AUGGGUAAGAUUACGAAGUUGGUUGUUUGUGGACCGACUGGUUCUGGGAAAACUUCUCUGAUUGAACACUGCAUAUAUGGGAACUAUUUUGAAAGGCGACCAGAAGACUUUAUUUCGACUUAUGAAGACACUUAUAAUGCCGUUGUCGAGACAGAUCGUGGUUUUAAAGAAAAAGUUCGAAUUUACGAUCUUGGAGGGAUGACUAAAUUGGAAAAACAUUUUGUGAAUUGUGCUGAUGCAUUCAUUUUGGUAUAUGAUAUAAGCGAUUCCAAAUCUUUCAGCUCUGUCCAAAGUUUAAAACAAGACAUUGACAAAUAUCGCGAGAAACGUGAUUUAUGUAUUGUACUUAGCUGUCACAAAGUUGAUAAACCUAAAGAUGCAACUUUAGAUUCUACAGAAGUUUCUCGAUGGUCUCAAUCGGAGAAAGUGGCAAAUAUAUUUGAAACAACUGUGUAUGACCGCCAAUCACUCAUGAAUUUAUUCACAUGGACUGUUUCCCGUAUCACUCAGUCCCAAAGUAAAUCAGGAUUUUCAUUCGAGCAUAUACCAAAAACAAAUCCGAAAUCAUUAGAUGUGUUUCGUAGGGAACCAAUUCAUAUAUUAAUACCUGCACAACCAAAUUCUAAUAUAAAUAAUAAUCCUAUCACUUCAUAUUCUAUUGGUCCAUGUACAUAUAUUUUAUCAAUCUCUGAUAAUUAUUUAAUAUCUGGUCAUUUGAAUGGCUGGUUAGUUAUUUGGUCAAUUAAAAAAUAUCGUCCUUUACGUCAAUGGAUUGGGCAUAAUGGAUAUCAAAUUACAAGUUUGCAUUUUUGGCCUCGAAAUAAUAAUUAUGGUGUGAUAAUAUCUCAUGGUCGUGAUGGCUUUAUACGUUUCUGGGAUUUAAGCAAUUUACAAUUUGAUACGACUGAAGUGUUUAAACCUCUUGAUCAAAUUUUUGGUGAAAUUCAUACAUAUGAUAUCUCAUUUUGCAAUUCCGAUUUAUGGCGUGUAUAUACUACAACGAGUAGUAGUAACAGCAACAAUUCAGCGGAUGUUUAUUUCUUGGCCCAUUUGUGUCAAGAAGAAACAGAUGAUGAUGAUAAUAAUAAUUCUUCAACAUCUAAUAAAGAACCGUUUAUCGAAAUAAUCCAAUUGCCUCAAUUUGUAUUUAUUUGUCAGCAGUCAAUUAAUUCUAUUCAAACUUCUUGUCAAAAUGUUACAAAUCUAGGCAUGUGUAUGACAUUAAAAGGAAUUGAAAAACUUACCCCAUAA